UAGUAUCUGCUAGCACCAGGCGGUGGGAGCUCGUCAACGGAGCUCUAGCCCCUUGGAAGCCGGCAUUGAAACAGAAAGAACAAAGAAAACAUAACGAAGAGUGUCGACCUGACCUAAACAAGGCGCGACCGACUUUUGGAGUUGCAGGUUCCCGAGCAACUUUGCUGGCCGAGCCAGCUCAGGCUGGGGUUCCUCACCACCGCCUAUUUCGGUACACGCAGGCAUAUUUGCCCUUCCCCGACUUGUUUGUCAAGCUGAGGAGUGACUUGAAAGGCGAAGAGUUUCCACCAGCUGUAGCGUUGCGGCUGCCUGUCCUUCCCUGCAAUCCAGAAGUAGUUAUAUCACGGCCGCUGCCCGCUGUGCUAUCCAAACCACUUGGUUUAGCCAUCUCUUUACGGCCAAUCUCUGGCCUCCUGCAUCUCGCGAACAUCAUUGCGCAUCUCAAACUUCUGUUUCUGGUAUUUCUGGCAAACUUUACUGGUUUUCAUCAUGUUGUCCCUUAAAGGUCUCCUGAACCCAGCACCAACUGGAGAUAAUGCUUCCCCCUUUCCUCGACCAAGUCUUGCGCUCGAGUUCCCACCAAUCUCUAAUUCCGAAGAACCAUCAAAUCAAUCUCGGAACCGUUCUAUGAUGGCUUCUGAUAGAGCUGGGCUCAAAGAUGCCAACAACAUGGCCAAAUCGAAGCUGCGCGGCCCAGUCAAGUUUCACCCUUUCGAGCGUCUCGACGAGAUUGCUUUGCAAGAGAUACACCGAUUCCGAGUCAAGCCUUUUGGGAGCAUUCAGGAUACAAGCCUUCACAUCCCAUACAACAGCGGUAAAAAGGACUUUUACGAAAAGACAGGACGAGAGAGCUUCGAGGUUUUCAAAUACGAGUUUACCUUGACUGAACAGAACGUUGAGUACGCUGUGAUGUGGGACUACAAUGUUGGGCUCGUUCGCAUGACCCCUUUCUUCAAAUGUCGCGGCUAUGGAAAGACGGUGCCGGCAAAGAUGUUAGGCCUCAAUCCAGGGCUCAAAGAAAUCACACAUAGCAUUACUGGAGGUUCUAUAGCUGCUCAAGGUUAUUGGAUGCCAUACACUUGUGCCAGAGCUAUCUGCGCAACCUUCUGUUACUCCAUCGCGGGGGCCUUGAUUCCAAUCUUUGGCCCGGACUUUCCGUCUAUUUGCAUUCAUCCCAGCGCGCCUGAGCAUGGCCGCAUGGUCAUCAGCCCGCAAAUAAUCGUCGAAGCUACCCAUGAAGCCGAAAUGGCUCGGCGUAUGCACAUGAGUACUAUCCCACCUAGCUUCCAAGGCGCUACGAGCUAUCCAAGAGACGAUCGAAGUAUUCCGCAGGGCAUCUAUGCCCAACAAGAGCGCCGGCAUCGAUUCCGACCCCGUCUGUUCUGUGAUCCAUCGUGGGCCAUGGACAGCGACGUCGAACGCCACUACAUGUCAGCUCCCAACUCAGCCUCGAGUAGCGGUUCGGGACUUCCUGGAUAUAUGGUGACGUCUCGUCCGGGGUCCAGCUGGACCGUUGCGAACCCGUCUAGCCCUGAGCCCAAUCCCUGGCUCAGUGCGGUGCCUCGCAUCCCACCCUUGCAGAAUGAAUCGGCUCUCUCGUCUGCUUCCUGGGGACCUAAGAGACGAUUGGACUACGAAGACUGGGAGGGCUACUACAGAGAAAGUGCCAGUCCUGCCAUGAGCCCUAGAUCUACUCUCAUGGCUUCGACCCCUGAGGUAAGCCCUAUGAGGCAACGAGUGAUCAAGACACCACACAGCGUACCUGAUGCGGCCCAGAAGGACGCAGCUAUGCUUCUCUUAAACCUCAAAAUGCAGGACCAGGGGCCUUCUGCUCCCAACACCAUCGAGUCGCCGCCUCCCAUCCAGUUGCAGCCUGCGCUGGAGGAAGGACAUCGCAAGAAGAGACUGCGAGCCACUUCGUUGUCAAAAUAACUGUGAUAGAAAGGGGAAAGGGCGCAAUGGGUUUCUAUCGACAAAGGAGUCUUUUGGGGGUUAUACUACCAACAGCGAAUAGAAUGGAAAAGUUCGGGCACUUUAUUUUACUCAAUUAUCAGUAUCUGGCGAUA